UGUCUUCGACUUUAUAAGUUAGCUCACAGUUCUACACAGGGUAGGACAGACGACAGUUACAUUUCCAUCAGUAACCAGCUACAGAAUGUCCGUCACGACAGCUGAACAGAGCCGUGGUUAUACCAUGCUGCUGGACCCAUCGGAGCAAUUUCGGCCUGAGCCGGUAUUCGCCGGGAAGCUGCAAAGUGCGUUCCGCAAUUUCGACGUGGAUUCCGAGGACCCCAUCAAGGAACGUGUCCGCAAAACCUACCACGAGAUGCAUACCAAUCAAACUGUCGACUUUGUGAAAUCUCGCAUGAGAGAGUGGCUUCAGUUUAAUAAAUUCAAAAUGACUGUAAAAGACGCCCUGCUCAAACUGAACGAUCUCGUGGACGAGAGUGAUCCGGACACGAACCUGCCUAAUAUCGUUCACGCGUUCCAAACCGCAGAGUCCAUCAGAGAGAAGCAUCCGGACCUCGGAUGGUUUCAUCUCACCGGUUUGAUUCACGAUCUUGGCAAGGUGAUGGCAUUUUACGGAGAACCCCAGUGGGCCGUGGUAGGUGACACAUUCCCUGUGGGUUGUACCUGGGGCGAUUCUAUCGUCUACAGAGCGACGAGCUUUGACAAUAAUCCCGACGGCAAGAACUCCCGUUACAACACAAAAUACGGCAUGUACAAGCCUAAGUGUGGAAUAUCCAAUCUGAUGAUGUCAUGGGGCCAUGACGAGUACUUGUACCGCAUACUCGUGCACAACAAGAGCAAAUUGCCGAAGGAAGCUUUGGCUAUAAUCCGUUUUCACUCCUUCUACCCCUGGCACUCCGGCGGCGACUACAUGCACUUCUGCACUCCGGAAGAUCUCGAGAUGCUGAAAUGGGUGACGGAAUUCAACAAAUUUGAUCUUUACACCAAGAGCGCCACCGUUCCGGACAUUGAGAAACUGUGGCCUUACUACGAAAAAUUGAUCGACGAAUAUAUUCCCGGUGUGAUCGAGUGGUGAUUGUCGUUUUUUUUUUAAUUACGCAAGUUUAUAUUUAAUGACGAUUGUUA